AUGACCUCUAAAGACGAGGCGAAAUGCCCCGCGGUGAUGGAGGAGCGGAGGCGCAGUCCGCUGGAUCAGCUCCCACCGCCGGCCAACUCCAACAAGCCGCUGACGCCGUUCAGCAUCGAGGAUAUCCUCAACAAACCGUCGGUGAGAAGGAGCUACUCUCUCUGCGGAGCGGCGCAUCUCAUCUCCCCAGGAGAGAAGCUGCCCUCGGCGGGUCACAGCCUCUCCAGCCGGGCGCUGCUCAGCCAGACGUCGCCGCUUUGCGCGCUGGAGGAGCUGGCCAGCAAAACCUUCAAAGGCCUGGAGGUCAGCGUCCUGCAAGCGGCCGAGGGCCGAGACGGCCUGACGCUGUUCGGCCAGAGGAAUACCCCGAAGAAGCGGCGGAAGUCCCGCACGGCCUUCACCAACCACCAGAUCUACGAGCUAGAGAAGCGCUUCUUGUACCAGAAAUACCUGAGCCCGGCGGACCGGGACCAGAUCGCGCAGCAGCUCGGCCUGACCAACGCGCAAGUCAUCACCUGGUUCCAGAACCGGCGGGCCAAGCUCAAGCGGGACCUGGAGGAGAUGAAGGCGGACGUGGAGUCUGCCAAGUCCGUGGGCGCCGUGGCCUUCGAGAAGCUCGCCAAGCUGGCCGAGCUGGAGAAGUGCGCGGCGGGAGGCGCCGUGAGCGCGCCCGAGCCUCCGGCCUCCCCGAGGUCCCACCACGACACCACCACCGACACCUCCGAGUCCAACAGGCCGCACAUGUCGCCUCCCUCGCCUGCCUCGUCGCAGUACACAGACCGCUUGAGCAGCAAGUGUUGCUCGGAGGAUGAGGAUGAGGAGAUUGACGUGGAUGACUAA